GAUUUAUCCGCAGAAAAACUGUAAACGUUCCUCGAGAAUAUCCUAUCAUGUGAUGUAAUCUCGCGUUACGCCUAUUUGCACGGAGAUUAACUAAACGAAGGGCUGAAGUAACUGAACGCAACAUUGUUCAGAUGAAAAUUCAAUGUUGAUUCAAAGUGUUGAAGCAAAGGAGGUGGUUCACAGAAAGAAUGAAAAUAUCACCGCGAGUUUGCUAUACUGAUGUUUACGUACUUCGUGGUGGCACGCGCAUAAAUACUAAUAAACACAAUAAUAAUACAUUUCCGAUCAUUUUCGCUUGUCAUUCAGGCAAUAGUAUAUCAUCUGAUUGUCUCGCGCGACAUAUUGGAGAUAUAAUCCAGAAAACUCCGUGAAAAUGCCUGUCGAUAUUGCCUCGUACGGAUACGCCGCUUUAGUAGCCGGUGGCGGAAUAUUAGGUUACGUGAAGUCAAAUUCUAUUCCUUCCUUGGCAGCCGGUCUUCUUUUUGGAUCUAUUCUGGGAUACGGAGCUUAUCAGAUAUCUCAGGAUCACAAAAACAUAGCAGUUUUCGCAGGAGCCAGUUCGGUUCUUGGGGGUAUAAUGGGAUUUCGAUAUUAUCACAGUGGUAAACUCAUGCCAGCUGGAAUGCUUGCUGUGUUCAGUACUCUCAUGGUCAUAAGGACGGUUGUCAGAUAUUUUGAUACACCGCUACACGGAAGAAUACAGUGAACAAAAUCUUUGUGACUAUUAGAAAUAUGUUGCAUUUAUGUUAAUUUUAAUAUUAUUAUGUGCAAAGAAAAAAAAACAAUACAUAUUGAGUUGACUAAUA